GAAAACCUAUGGGUAAAGUUUUGCAGGUAAGGAAGGCAAGAUAGCAACUCUGAGCUUGUGACACCGAUUCGCCAGGAAACUAUGCAAAUAUAAGCAGUCACAGUCCUCACAGCCUGGUUAGAUUUCAAAACGAGCGUUGCUUUCAGUCACUAGGUGUUAAAUAACACAAAACUGAUUGUGUGUAUGAGACCAUAGAUUCUUUUAGUUCACUAGCUCAACAGUGAAUGAAAAGGAGCAUAAAAAGCAUUUGAUUUGCUUGUUUGGUUAAAGAUUAGCCAAUACUUAGACUGCAAAGAUCAGUAACUGCACACGGUUUAUAACCUGGAGAAGGUUAACAUAGGCUGCAACCUUUGCACUGUGGCACUCCCACAUGACAGACACUCCGAAGAGGGAAACAGCAACAAGAAACCAGACUUUUCAAAAUUAAAUAUCUUUCAGAAAAGACUCUGUGACGGACGAUGUCAAUAAUUGGACAGAAGUAUGUUGGUCUGGUGCUAUUCUCAGUGGGAUGUUUGGUGGCUGUUAUACAAGCAACAAGUCCUUGUGAAAUCCUCAAUCAGGCCUCAGCAAUCUGCACUGGGAGGAAUCUUACAAAGGUGCCAGAAGAUCUUCCCACCAAUUUAACUAGUUUGGAUUUAUCGGACAACUCAGUGGAUGCAACGGAUCGAGAAAACAAUAGGAGAUUGCAGGCAUUCAGAAAUCUGGUCUUCCUCAAUCUCUCAAAUAAUCACAUGCCAACUUUGACCCCUGAGACCUUUAUGAAUCUGAAGAAGCUGAAGGUAAUGGAUCUGAGUCACUGCAAGAUUGAUUUGGUCCACCCCAAGGCUUUCAAUGGUCUUUUAAGUUUAAAGAUCCUGAUGCUGAACAAUAACAGAAUAAAGGAUUUGGCAACUCAGUUCCUCAGUGAUGGGCAGGACUUGUCAAUGUUGAACCUGGCCAAUAACAAGCUGACCACAGUCACCAACCAGUUGUUGGAGAAACUUGAAAGAAUACGUGAAGUUCGACUACAAGGAAAUUCUUGGGUCUGUGACUGCAAUCUGUACCCACUACAGAAAUGGUUGAUGCCACGGUUGGACCUCGCAGAAGACAUUCAGUGUGUGAGCCCGCCAGAGCUCCAGGGCAAGGAUUUGCUGAAUCUAGAUCUCUCAUCCUGCCCAGGAAAGUCCGAAAGAUUUCUUCGCUUUGCAAAUUCAAAUAUGUCAAAUUCCACGGUCACAGUUGUCACCAACCAGACUUCAGGUGCCCCACAAACAGAAGGCGGCAAGGAGUGGUACUAUCUUGUCGGGGUUUUGGUCAUUGCUAUCGCCUUCUCAGCCUUGAUUGCAAUCGGUGCAAAAUUUAAACUCUUUCACAAAUACCUCACCAGCUACAGUCACCAGCUUCUACCAGAGCAUGACGCCAUCAGCCAAGACCACGACACAUUUAGUGCGAAUAUGCCACGCAGUAAUGAGAUGGAGAACAUCAGAGAGAGAACGACGUAUCCUCAUGGUCUAGAUGAAGAUGAUGGAUACAUUGAGGACAAUUACAUUCAAACAGAAGUGAAAGCUGAAGAUGAACCGGAUAUACAUGUUUCCAUUUAAGAGGAACAUUCAACAGGCCGCCACCUCAAACUCUAUCAAACUGCUCUGUUAUUCAGGGUAUGCACUAUUUUAAGAAAGGCCAACUUAUUUCUAACGAGACUCCCAAGUCUUAUCUCUCUCUUCAUUACAUGUGAUAGCCAAAGGUUAUUUCUGAAUGUCAUUGGAAAUGUUCUCUUUACAGUUCAUAAGAAAAACAAAUGUAAAUGUUGGACUUAGGAAGAAAAAUAGAAAAUUCAGCAAACUGGCAACAGAUUCAUCAGCAUCGCAAUGAUGGAAAGGUCAAGUUAACACUCUCAUGACCAAAAUAACCCUUUGCUUUAACUUGUCCAUAUAUUCAAAAUGAUGCAAUGCCUGUACACACUCCUCUCCCCAGAGAAUUGGUCAGAGAUCCAAACUCUUCCAUGUUAAAUAGGAAUUCAAAAAUACUCCCUCUAAUUGAGACAUAUAUUAGUUGCUGAAGACCUCUAUAUGAUGAGGAGAGCGAGAACUGCACAAUUGGAUGACUGCACUUUUGAACGGAAGGCAAAAUUGUGAGAUUUAUCUUCGAGGGAAAAUACGGAAGUGUAGCAAUAUAACAUUGAAAUAGUGUGGAAAGUACCAAUAGUGAAGAGAAUAAAAGACCAAAAUGUGUGUCUGCUAAAGUAUGAGGUGUGAGACAUGAAACUAGGGAAAGGGAAAAGAAAUUGUAAUAAUAUACUUAAUCCAAUCAUAGAGGAGAAAGUGAGGUCUGCAGAUGCUGGAGAUCAGAGCCGAAAAUGUGUUGCUGGAAAAGCG